GUUCCAUCAAAGCAACAGCCAAUCAGGGAACUCAAGCGCCCUGUCAAGAUCCGGAUGCCUGACAGACUGUCAGUCGAAGGUGUUUGUUGUUGGUAGGUGUGUAGUGAUUCCGUGGUGUAUUUAUGAAACCUGUCAGGCUGUCAAUCGAAGGUGUUUGUUAUUGGUAGGACAUACCAGGGCCUAAAUGGUUUUAAUUUCUCUGUCAGUGUACCACACCUCUGAAUGAUGACAGAGCAAUCAUUGGGUCCACAUGAAUUGAUUAAAUUUUUUUCUGAUAAUAUGGAUCCACUUGAUGGUGACCCACUGUUGGAUCCAAGCAUCUGGGAGAAUUCAGAUUUUGAUGCAUCAACAUUACAAAUGCAGGAUACACAAAAUAGUGGAUUUGUAAACAACAUUCAAACUGGUAAUUUGCCAAGUGUGUCCAGACUUGUGGGUGAUUAUAAUUUUGCGGCACUUAUAUCACCUGAUACUGGACCAGACUGCCUGUUCUCAACAGACUUGAACAAGAUUUUUGUUAAUAUCAACAAAAACAUACCAGUGCAAUUUCGACUGAUUCCUUACAGUUCGGGCCUGUACAUACGUGCUCUCGCAGUGUAUGUAAGCUCCAGUGAUCAGCAGGAGCCAGUGAUAAGAUGCAUAACUCACGUAGCAGAAGAUGAAAAGGAUGGAAAAGAUGUCAAUCUAGCAGCACACGUACUACGCUGUGCUUCAACAAAUGGUGCUGAUUACUUCAAAAAUGCAUCCAGCGGUCGUUUUAGUGUUCGUAUUCCAGUCGAGGCCCCACAAAGUGGAAUGGAGUCUUUCAUUGUUUGCUAUAAAUUUACUUGUCUCAACAGCUGCCAGCAGCGCAAUGGCAGGCGAGGAAUGGGAAUUAUCUUUACUCUGGAAAAUGACGUGGGAGAUGUUCUUGGGCGGCAGUUUAUGAAUGUGCGGGUUUGUAGCUGUCCAAAACGUGAUAAGGAGAAAGAAGAGAAGAAAAUGAAGGAAGGGAAGAAAAUAAAAGAAGAGAAAGUGCAUGCUACAAAGAGGCCUUUUAAAAUCACAGAAUCAAAUGAACCUCCAAAAAAAGUUGUAAAACCCGAGCCAGGAGAGGCUGCAAUUGUUAAGAUACCCGUUAAAGUAUGCCACAUAAAGGAGUUGGCCAAGUUUGCUUCUGAUUUAAUAUAUAGAGAUGUCGGCAAGCAGGAGAGGCAGCUGAGUGACCAAGACAAAUCACUUCUUGCUAUAUACAACAGUAUAAUAGAGACCCCCGAAGAAGAAUUAUUGCGAAGAUUUCAUUAACAUGUGUUCUAUUCAUGUUCAAAAUACUGUGUAUGUUCAGCACACUGUUGACAGUUUAGUGUUUGUUGGUUGAAUCCAUGACAGAUUUCUGGAAUAUUUUCAUAAUUUUCUAAUAAAACAAAUAUUUUCGUAUUUUGAUUAUAAAUAAAGGAACAGAUGGC